AACCCAAACUGGUUGGGGGAUUUGCAGGGGAAAAAAUGUGAAACAACACCGGCAUCUAAAGGCCAUUUGAGGAACUGCAGCUUCUGAUGUACUGCAUUGACUUCAACUUGUCAUGGCCAUACAAAAUACUGCACCAGCUGAACAGUGUUUUCGAAUUGAAACUCUGCUGCUCAAACAGAUCGUCUUCUACGAGGACAAGAACUACCAGGGUCGCAGGUAUGAGUGUGACAGCGACUGCAGCGACUUCCACUCAUACCUGAGUCGUUGUAACUCGGCCCGCGUGGAGAGCGGGACCUGGGUGAUCUACGAGAGACCAAACUACAUGGGGUACCAGUACGUCCUGACCAGAGGCGAGUACCCCGACUUCCAGAGCUGGAAUGGCCUCAACGACAGAGUCAACUCCUGCAAGAUGAUUCACUUUGCCAGUGGAGAUCCUUACAAGAUCCAGCUCUAUGUAAAAGGGGACUUUGGUGGUCAGGUGUUUGAAGCGACUGAGGACUGUCCCUCCGUGCUGGAGAAGUUCCACUGGAGAGAGGUUCACUCCUGCAGGGUCCUGGGAGGCUGGUGGGUCUUUUACGAGCACCCUCACUUCAAGGGCCGCCAGUAUCUGCUGGAGAGAGGCGAGUACCGCAAGCCGGUGGACUGGGGAGCCAUCUGCCCUACGGUGCAGUCUUUCAGAAAGCUAACUGAGUAGCCACUUUCCUUUUGUUUCACCUUUUCAUUGGCUGCUGAUUGGCUCAUGACUGAGAUCUGAGAGACCAAGACACAGCAACAGCUACAAUAAAACUGAAUGAUGAGGAA